AUGAGUCUUCUCAAAGAGCGAAAACCAAAAAAACCGCACUACAUCCCAAGGCCUCCAGGAAAGCCCUUCAAGUAUAAGUGUUUCCAGUGUCCUUUCACAUGCAAUGAAAAAUCACACCUUUUCAACCACAUGAAGUACGGUCUCUGCAAAAACUCCAUCACUUUAGUGUCAGAGCAGGACCGCAUCCCUAAGUGCCCCAAAUCUAACUCUCUGGAUCCUAAGCAACCCAAUCAGCCAGAUGCGGCAGCAAAGCCCACCUCCACCAAGCCCGUCGCAAACGGGCUCCCACACUUUGAUGCCAAGCUCCAGCAAAGCCUCGCCAAGGAUGACGUGAAGGAGAACCUGGAACUGCACGCGCGUGGGCCCCACAGGUGCCCAGGACAGAAGCCUGCUCUCCAUGAGGAAGCAGCACCCCUGAGUCCAGCCCCAGAAGCCAGCAGGGGUACCCAGCCCGUUAUGGAAGGCAUUGUGCGGCCCUCGGCAUUUGUCCCAGUGGGAGAGCACAGACUAAAAGGGCCAGAACACACUGAGGCCCCGGAACUGCUGGCACUGCCCAACCCCUCGGCCAAAGCCACCUCCUUCCACACCAAGUCUGCAUUCCACGCUCCCAGCUACCCAUGGAAAGCUGGCUCACCUUUCCUCCCACCAGAGUUCCCACACAAAAUCCCUUCUACAAAAGGGUUUAGUGCCAUUUCCCCUUACGUGCACCCUGCGAUCCCAGAGUACUCGCCACACUUUUACACAGAGCAUGGACUGGCUACCAUCUACUCACCCUACCUACUUGCUGGGAACUCACCAGAGUGUGAGGCCCCCCUGCUGUCCGUCUACGGGGCUCAAGACCAGAGGCACUUGCUGCCUCCCCCGGGGCCAGUCCCGAAGCACCUGAAUCCCCCCUCGGCAUAUGACCAUUACAGGUUCUUUCAGCAGUAUCAUUCCAACCUGCCAAUUCCUUAUGGGUUUUACAGACCAGAGUCUGCGUUCUCCUCCUACGGUCUCAGACUUCCACCUGUCGCGGGUAUUUCCAGAGAUCAAAGCUCCCACCUACUGGAUGAGGCCGCCCUGCUCUACCCGGCCUUGAGUCCCUCCAAGUCAAGUCCUUCCAGCACGCACAAAAAACACACCGAGUUUGAGAAGGAGAGCCCAACUCCCGAGGCUAAAGAUUCCUCCAAAGAUGAGCAAAGGGACACAGAGGGAACCAAAAUGAGCCCUCGAGCAGGAAGCGCAGCCACAGGGUCCCCAGGAAGGCCAAGUCCCACCAACUUCACACAGACAAGUCAGCCGUGUGCCGGGCUGUGCAGCCUCUCAGACAAGCCAGCCUCCAGUGCCCUGGGAAGACUCCAUCAGCCCGAACACAGCCUCACAGCCUUCAAGCCUGUCAAGAAAAGCACAGAGUGCCCACAUUCCCAAGCUCUGGAAAACAGAGACAAGUCUCCAAAAAGCCUUGACGCCAUGAACGGAGAUGCUCCAGGUGAGACAGGACGUGCCUCUCAUGGUACAGAGGCCACACCUUCCAGCCCAGAGGACGGCUCCAGGACAGCUCCGCUGAACCUCUCCAAGAAACCGGAGGCUAAACCAGCCACUCACAGCCCUGUGUACAAGGACUUUGCAGAGCUGCAGGACAUGCCUCUUAACCUCUCGGUGAAAGAUCCCUGCAAUGCCCUGACUCCAAGACCUUCCUUCCACAGCCCACCGCAAGAGGCAGAGCCCGCCACCACAGCUGCUCAAAACACGGAGAUGGAAAGUUCUGAAGACGGGCCAGACCACACUCAGGCAAAUCAAAAUGGCCUUGACGCUGCUGAGGUGCCAUCAACAACCCCUACUGUGAGGGCCCAGGACACAAGAGCGGUGGACAGCAGCGAUGAGCAGAAGCAGACGGCGGCCGUGGCCCUCUGCCAACUGGCAGCCUACAGCCCCGGGAACGUCCGGGUGGGCGAUGUAGAGCCCACGGCCCCGGAAUCCACCUGCCAACAAGACGUACCCGCUCUCAGCGCCACGGAAAGCCAGGAGGCUCAGUGUGACCUCAGAUCCAGAGGGCAGAAGAGGACAAGCCCAAGGGAUGCCGGGAAGUCCCAGCAAGGAACUAAGAAGACGAAGCAAAGCGACACAGCCAGAGUGUUCACUCUUCGGAAAAGAACACGGGUGUCUUAG